AGAAGAAAGCCCAAUACAAAUUUGAAGCCCAAAAAACUGGUGCCGCACUGGGCGAUUAACAAAUACAAAGCGCGGUGUUGUUACUUUGGUUCUUCCUCUGCAUCCAUCUAGGGUUGGAACAAAAUGGCUGAGUCUCCCCGCAAAAGGUAUUCGAGGUCUCCUUCUCCUUAUGAAGAACAGCUUAGGUUGCCAAACUCGCGCUCUAGGUCCAGGUCUAGGUCCUGGUCCAGGCCUAGGGGAAGGUCUAGGUCCAGAUCACUAUCGAGAGGCCGUGGAAGGCCAACUGAGGUUGUUAAUCCUGGAAACACACUUUAUGUCACUGGCCUGUCUACAAGAGUUACAGAGAGAGAUCUUGAAGAUCAUUUCAACAAGGAAGGAAAAGUUGCUUCUUGCUUUCUCGUUGUGGAGCCUCGUUCUCGCAUCUCUCGUGGAUUUGCUUUCAUUACAAUGGACAGCGUUGAGGAUGCUGAUCGUUGCAUUAAACACCUGAAUCAAUCAGUUCUGGAGGGGCGAUACAUAACUGUGGAGAGGUCUCGGAGGAAGCGCCCCAGAACGCCUACACCUGGUCAUUAUCUUGGCCUUGCUAGGGACAGUAGCUCUCGGGGAGAACGUGGUGAUCGAGGAGGUGGUAGAUAUCGUGGUAGUUCAGGCCGUGAUGAGUACAGGAGGUCUCCAAGGCGCUCACCUUAUCGACAUGGCCGGGAUUACUCUCCUCCCCCAAGGCGAUCUCCUUAUGGUGGAAGGUCAAGAAGGGAAAGGACUCGAUCCCCUCCAUAUUCUCCAUAUAGCGGAAGGUCGAGAAAGGAACGGACUAGAUCACCACCUCCCUAUUCUCCUUACAGUCCUGACAGGACUUAUGCUCAUCGAGGCAGGUGAAGCUGAUGGCAGAGACAUGAAGACUUUGGAUAUUAAAAUAUCACAUCUUUCGUUUGGAUGGCAUGGAAUGUUUAAAAUUUAUAGCCACUAGUAUGAAGUUAGUUAUUUCUGAAUUCUGAUGAACCCUUUAAACUCAUUACAGAGGACGUGACUUGUGUAUCGCAUAUUCCCUGUAUUGUCCUUGCCGUAUCAUCUUUGUGGAUGAGUUUCGAUUCUGAUUGUGGACUAGGGAUGUAUUAGAUUUCAUCUGGGUUUUUUCUAAUUUAAAACUCUUUCUAGUUGUUUUCA